AUGGAGGUUUCAGAAUGUGACGGAGGACGCAAUGGAGGUUAUGAGGACGCAGCAAAUGAUGUAAUGAACAAGGGGAUGACUCCUCAAGUAAUGAGAGCACUAAAUCUAUUACACACAAUUCAAGAGAAUCCCUCACCAAACAGUAUUGCCCCUCUUUCCCGUCGACUCAGGAACCGCAGGCCCAUUGUCCACACUCCAAUGGCCGAUCACGAUCACCCUCACCACCACCACCACCGCCCGCACCGCCUCUCGGUGCCAUCGCGAACCGCCACAUUCGGCGGCACUCCGGGUCCCUUCCCCGCCUCCCGGUACCCAGCAUUCCCUAGUCCGACGCCUACCCCCUCGAAAAGCCGCCGGCCACCGUCUUCUUAUUCUCUCCCCAAAUGGAAAUCGAAAUCCAGAUCCUCCCUCUUCCUGCUCCUCUUCUUUUCCCUUCGGUCCCUCUACUCCCUUCUCCCCUUCCUACGCUCCUCCCCCUCUUUCUCCCUCUUCCCCUUCUCCUUUCUCGUCUCCCUCCUCUCCUUCUUGCUCACCCUCACUUUCUCCCUCUUCUCUUCCUCUUCCUCCUCCUCCUCCUCCUCCUCCAAAGACAGCCCCUUUCUCCACCACAAGCCCAAGCACCCUCUUUUCUCCCUCCCCCACUCCCACCACAGGAUCCUCGUCGCCAAAUCCAUCCUCCUUGCCCUUGUCUUCCUCCUCCGCUUCCAAUCCCUCCGCUACUGCAGCACCGCCUCCAUGAUCCUUGCCGAACUCAUGGGCUCCGUCGUGGCCCAGCCCAGAAACCCCCAACGGCCCAACCUGCGCGGCUUCCUCUUCCUUUCCCUCGGCCUUCUCAUGCUCUCCUUCGGCUGGGACCGGGUCGAAUGCUUCCCUUUCUCUCCCAGCUGCAUCUCUGGCAGGAUUUGGCCUAUUUUUCUUCCGUUCAUCUCCGGCUUUCUCAGUCGAUAUCAGCUGGUUGAUUCUGGAAACACACUCAAACAGCUUGGGCAUAAACGGGUUCGGUUAGUUACUCUCUUUUUCACCACUGUUAUUCUCUUUUUUCCCGCCGUUUUUAGCUUCUUUGUCUUUGAGUCUCAAGAAGACAGUGUCGCCUUUGGGAAUCUGUUGUGGCCUCUGGCCAACACUGUUGUUUUCGGCGUGCUGUUGAGUGAGAGUUACAGCCACGAUGAUAAUGAUGAUAAUGGUUUGGUGAGUUUGAGAGACUCUCAGAGGGAGUUUCUGGUCACUUUCGUGUGUACCCUUGUGUUGGAACUUUUUUACUUCCCUCAACUUUCUCUCUGGGGUCUUUUGCUCUGUGGAUUAUUGCUCUAUCUGGGUGUUAGAGACUUGGAUCCUUUUCAAUCCAAUGAAGAGGAAUUUUUUAGUGACGUGAUUAUGAAGCCUAUUAGACAUGUCUUAAGUGAGAGGAAGUCAAGGAAAAUUGCGCUUUUUCUUCUGAUCAAUGCUGGGUACAUGGUUGUGGAAUUUUCUGUUGGGUUUAUGAGCAAUAGUCUUGGGCUGAUAUCAGAUGCUUGUCACAUGUUGUUUGAUUGUGCUGCUUUGGCCAUUGGGUUGUAUGCCUCGUAUAUAUCUCGUUUGCCUGCGAAUAAUCACUAUAACUAUGGGAGAGGAAGAUUUGAGGUUCUUUCAGGGUAUGCUAAUGCUGUUUUUCUGGUUCUGGUGGGAGCACUGAUUGUGGUCGAGUCCUUUGAGAGGAUAUUGGAUCCUCAAGAGAUAUCAACUAAUAGCUUAUUGGUUGUCUCUAUCGGAGGGCUUAUAGUCAAUGUGAUUGGCUUGUUAUUCUUUCAUGAGGAGCAUCAUCAAGUCCAUGGCCAUGGAUGGUCUGGAUCAUCAUGCUCCCAUUCACACUCACACUCAGAGUUCCACAAUCACCAUCACACCGACCAUCCUCAUCAUCAUGAUCAUGAUCAUCUGGAUAGCCAUCCUCACGAUCAUGAUCAUCUGCAUUGCCAUCCUUACGAUCAUGAUCAUCUGCAUUGCCAUCCUCACGAAACAACCCAUGGGAGCCAUAAAAAAUUUAUAUCCAUUCCCGCUGAUUGUCGAGAUGAAUCAUGCUCUAGUGAUCAUGGCCAUCAUCAUAAUUAUAACCACCGUAGUCAUGAGAGGAAGCCUCAUGGUGAGUGUCAUGAUCAUGAAGACAACCACAGCAUUCAGAGCUUUAAGCAUCAUGAAGCUGCUCACUGCCAUGGCCAUGGUGAACAUCAGGAUCAAACUGGACACUCUUGUCAUGAAGAAGCUCCACUUGUUCACAAAGGGCACGGCCAUCACCAUAUUGAUCACAACAUGGAAGGGAUAUUCUUGCAUGUUCUUGCUGACACUUUGGGGAGUGUUGGUGUUGUUAUAUCCACACUGUUAAUCAAGUACAAGGGAUGGCUUAUUGCUGAUCCUGCCUGCUCAAUUUUUAUAUCUAUUUUAAUUGUUUCCUCCGUGAUACCUUUACUAAAAAAUUCAGCAGAAGUUUUACUCCAACGAGUGCCAAGGGCGCAAGAGCAUGAGUUGAAGGAUGCCUUAGCUAACGUUUUAAAGAUUAAAGGUGUUUAUGGCAUUCAAAAGUUUCAUUCCUGGAGCUUCACAAACACAGAUGUAAUUGGUACUCUACAUCUUCACUUGUCAACAGAUACAGACAAGACAUCCGCCAAGUCUCAGGUUUUGCAUCUGUUACAUAAUGCUGGAAUCAAGGAUGUAACCUUGCAGGUGGAAUGUGUUGGAUAA